GACAUCAUGACCACCCCCUUUUUUAGAAAGAGAAAGAGAGCGAGGAAAAAAAAAAAGGACGCGCGCGCCUGAGGCUCCGGUUUUUAUGAUGGAUGUAGGUUAUUGGACUUUCGGUUGAACCUGUUCGUAUUUUCUUUGUCAUUGGCUUUCAUCAUCAUUCGUUCCCCGUUGUUCCAGUCUCCCAUUCCUGUUGAGAUUCUCCUCUUUUUAUCUUGCUUUCAGUCCCCCGUUUCGUUCCUUCUUUACCCACCCCGUUUAAAUCGAUUCUGCGUUUCGAUUGUUCGUCCCUUUCUAGGACCCCCCAAAAACGCCGCCGGUCGCUCCCCCCAUUGAAAACAGAAAAUAGAAUAAGCCCACCGUUCGCUUUUCCAGAUUUCCACCCCAGCUCCCUCGUUCGCGGAGUCCCAACAUAAUCCAACGUCCAGUCCAGCUCAGAAAAGUCGAUUCAGCUCUAUACCCAUCUCGUCCGAACAGGUCUUCGGCUGCCAUCCCAAGUCAUCCAAACAACAAAGUCACUUUGCAAACAGAACAAGAUGCAGUUCCGAACCCUUAUCGUCUCAUUCUUCGCGGCCGUGGCCGUCGCCCAGACACCUACCUCUGGUAGCUCGGCGCCCUCGGGCACAUCAGGCUCGUCCGGCAACCUGGUAUCGACUGUCAACGACCUGCCGCGCUGCGCCCUCGGCUGCCUCAAGACGGCCGCCGAGGCCAUCAACUGCAACCCCGCCAACUUCAAGUGCCUGUGCAGCAACACGCAGGCCCUGCUUGGCUCCGUCGGCCCUUGCGCUCUGUCUGCUUGUAACAGUGGCGACGUCGGAAAGCUCACCGAUGCAGCAGCCAAGGUUUGCCAGCAGAUCAACGCCAACCCUCCCCCGGCUCAGGUUGCCUCUGCUUCGAACAUUGUAGCCUCGGCCAUUGCUACGCAGGGCCGCAGCCGUGGUGGCCCAUCGUCAACACCCGCUCAGGGUGCCGCGCCGAAGAGGACGGAUGCUCCUGUUUAUGCAGUCAUGGGUGGUGCUGCAGCCGUGUGGGCCGUUUACGCCAUGUAAAUAACCAAAUAGUCCAUUAGAAUAUGUUACUCGGGUUACUCUUUUCAUACUGGAAACAGGGUUUAUUUUUCCUGUCUCUUUUUUUUUUUUUUUUUUUUUUUUUCUUAUGCACGGCAUUAAGUUACUCUCGGGAUUUUACCGCGAGUGACUAAAUGAUGAGCAGGUAUGAAUUGGGGCUAUGUGUUUGUCAUUGAUCUGAUUGAAAAAAGUACCAUACAGGAAUUGGGAAAACACCUCUUCAAUGAACAAGACAAGGUAUUUGGCCGUCAAAGUUAUGAAGUCACGUUGUGUUCUGCCUAAUUGUACAAUGCCCCCGCAGUUUAAAUACGAGGUAAAAGACGC